GGUGCUGUGAGCAGGGCGGAUCCAGAACUAGCUGCAGUUUAUAUAAGCUCCUAUGCUGUGUUUUUCAUGAUCAUCCCUUCCUUUCUUUUGUAAGAGCAGCCACCCAAGCGGGAUUUGCACAACAAUGUGGCGGCCUGUGGUUCUUCUGUGCAUGCUGGCCACCAUCGCCAGCUGUCGCAAUGUCCCCUUCCUUGAACCUUUAUCCCCUGAUACGAUAAACUACAUCAACAAACUAAACACUACGUGGACGGCUGGACAUAACUUCAGAACCUCAGACCUGGACCAUGUUAAGAGACUUUGUGGAACCAUAUUAGGAGGACCUAAACCACCAACCAGGUAUUCAUUUGCUGGACAAAUGGACCUGCCUGAAAACUUUGACUCUCGGGAAGCUUGGCCAAACUGUCCAACUAUCAAAGAAAUUCGGGACCAAGGUUCCUGUGGAUCAUGCUGGGCGUUCGGUGCAGUGGAGGCAAUUUCUGAUCGUACUUGUGUCCACUCUAAUGGAAAAGUAAACGUGGAGGUUUCUGCUGAAGACCUGCUCUCUUGUUGUGGCUCACAGUGUGGAAUGGGCUGCAAUGGAGGAUACCCUGGAUCAGCCUGGGAUUACUGGGUUGAGAAAGGCCUGGUCUCUGGUGGAUUGUAUGACUCACAUGUGGGUUGCAGGCCAUACUCCAUUCCACCCUGUGAGCAUCAUGUCAAUGGCUCCCGUCCGGCUUGCAAAGGGGAGGAGGGUGACACUCCAAAGUGUGUGAAAGCAUGUGAAUCUGGCUACACUCCUGCCUACUCGACCGAUAAACACUUUGGCGGAAGCUCCUACCAUGUCCCAAAAGAUCAGCAAGAAAUCAUGGCAGAAAUCUACAAGAACGGACCGGUGGAGGCAGACUUUGUGGUCUAUUCAGAUUUCCCAAAUUACAAGUCAGGUGUCUAUCGCCAUGUGGAAGGACAAGUACUUGGAGGCCAUGCUAUUAAGAUGCUGGGCUGGGGUGUAGAGAAUGGUACCCCAUACUGGCUGUGUGCAAACUCCUGGAACUCAGACUGGGGUGAUAAUGGCUACUUCAAGAUUUUGCGUGGAGAGAACCACUGUGGCAUCGAGGCUGAUAUUGUUGCUGGAGUUCCCAAAAACUAAACCACUGCCUUCCUAGUGUUGGCUGACUGUACACUUGCUAAAAGACAUUUUUUUUUUUUUUUUUUGGUUUUAGAGAAACAAAUUUACUUUUUAAUACAAAUUUAAUUAGGAUUUUACUCUGCUGCGCACAUAGCUAUUCCUUUAUUUUAUGUCCUGAAGAUCAUGUCAAAGGUCCUCAAUCAGAAUAUGCUAGAAGGAACGAGCUUAACUCCUCACCAAGUCGAAAGAUCUAAACUACGAGAACCCCACGUGACCAUUUCUCUGCGCUUGUAGUUGCCCGUACUAUCCUUCCUUACGAGACAGUGUAACAAAUUCAGAGAAUCGACUGUCGUGGAUCUAAAUGAUGUGUUUUUAGUGAUUCGUCUUGAUUUUAUUUUUUAUAACCAUUUAAGGAGGGAUUAAGGAUUACAUGCUGCUGCAAGGGAUGUUCUUGAUUUUGUAUUUUUGUUUAAUUUGUGCUGGUUCUGUUACCUGUUUUAUAUGUAAAAUAUUGCCUUCAAAUGCCAAGUGGACUAUUCAACCAACUGACCUAUUCGUCAUCAUGCUAGGAUUCAGGAUGGAGGAUCCGAAGUAAAGUGGUUGCUGAAAUUUUACCUUCAUCUUUACCAAACCCUCAAUUUGCCUCCGCUUCUCAAGGCUUUGUUUUAAUGACUAAAGAUGGCAUGCAAAUGGCUGCCUAACCUUGUAAUCAUGCAUAAUGUAAUGGGUUAUGAUAUAAACUGAAGGAUGUCAGCCAUCUGUUUUUAGGAUAUUACAUUUUUGUUUUAGUUUAUUUGCCAAUAAAAAUAAUCUUCUUAGAA